UGGCCGUCCCAGUCGCACAGCGGCGCUGCUCUUCACUAAGGAGUGUGGCAAACCGCCCGGGUGUCAACAAGACAUUUUCACACUGGCAUCACACGCGCCGCCACUUUUUCACACACUUUUCCGCGUUCAGCACAAGUCUCCGCACCUCGUUGCCCCAUUUGGCCGAUCAUGAGUGAUUCGCCCCGUGCUAGAGCAUAAUGGAAACGCCUCAGUGUCCGGAAGAUGACGAUUUAAGGAAGAUCAUCAAUAAAUUGGCAGAAUUUGUGGCACGCAAUGGACCUGACUUCGAGGCGAUGAUUAAAUCCAAGCAGAUCGACAAUCCCCGCUUUCGAUUCCUCUUUGGCGGCGACUAUUUUGCAUACUACAAGCAUCGCGUUACAACAGAACAAGCGAGAAUUAAGCUUCAGGGUGAGGAGGAUCACCGUGAGCCCGGCUAUCGUCUGCCGAGUGGCACGUCUUUGGAGAACAUGCAGCAAAUGUGGAUGAACAGCGACUCAUCGGCGUCUCAUGGCGGCCAGGGUUCCGUCAGUGUUCAACUGAAGUCGCUGAAUCUGCAGCAGAACAGUUUGCGCAGCCAGAUUAGGCAGUCUGAGCAAAACUUGUCCGCUCAGCACGCCGCUCUGGUGCGGCAACAGCAGACGUACGUUGAUGAUGCAGUGCGCAAGGCACAGCUGGAGAGUCUGCAGAGUCAGGCGGACGCGAAUGGCAUCAUUCUCAAGGAUUUCGAUGAGAUUCUCGUGCCCAUAAUUGAAUCGUGCACGAAAGACAGUAUUUCGACGGGGAAGAAUUGGAUUCUGCAGCACACGAGCGACCAGGCAAAGUGUACAACAAUUCUGCAGUAUUUGCUGCAGAAAGCUUUGCUGCCAGAAGUGGAUUUCUCACACAAGCUCCAUCUGAUCUAUCUGGUGAAUGAUGUUCUGCAUCAUUGCAUACGGAAGAAUGCGUGUGAGCUGAAGAAAUGUCUGGAGAAUGUCGUGAUUCCUAUGUUUUGCAGUGCACAAUUGAUUGCCAAUGAUACUCAGGUGGCGAAGCUGACAAAGUUGCUGUCGCUGUGGGAGUCGAAAGGGAAUUUUUUCGAUGCAUGUGUCAUAUCGAAAUUGAAGUCACCUCAGUCAUCACUGCAAGAAUACCGGACGAAUCUCCUCGUGAAGCAUCCCAAUGUUGUGUCUUCUGUGAACAUGGCGUCGAAGAAUGCCUUUGACAACUACCAACAGCAGCAUCACGCUUUUGUGGCGCACGCAACACAGCAGAUCGCGACGCUAGAGGCGCAGAAGCAGAGCCUGGAGCAGCAGAAUAUGCGACAGAUACACAAUCCGGAUGCGCAAUACUACAGCGACAACUCCAAUGACUACCCGAGUAGUCGAGUGGUGCAAGGUGCGGUGCCAACCGGUGUGCAGAGUGUUCAGCAGGAGGUGAGGAACAGUCAGGGCUUUGGUGGGUUAAAGGCACCGGAGGAGAGCAUGGAUGAUGGUCAGAUUGGUGAUCAGAGUGGCUUUUCGCUGCCACCGCCGAGCUUCCAGCUGCCGGAUUUGUCCAAGCCACCGCCAAAUCUCAAUGCGCCGCCGUCGAAAGUGGCAGAGAAGGAGGUGGAUCUCACGCCAUCCGUGCCGUACUUUGAUCUGCCAGCCGGCCUGAUUGUGCCGCUAAUCAGACUGGAGGACUACAGCUACAAGCCACUGGAUCCCAGUCUCAUUCAACUGCCGCAGCCGACGCCGCCCAGUGAGCGACUCCUGGGCGCUGUGGAUGCUUUCUACUCUCUGCCCAGUCACGAUAGACCGCGAGAUGGCGAAGGCUGGGAAAAGCUUGGCCUGUACGAAUACUACAAGGUGAAGAAUCAGUCGAGGAAGCAGAAAGAGGAGGAAAUUCUGCAGGGAUUGCGAACACGCUCGAGAUCUCCGAGUCCAAUUACGAUAGAAAUGAAUUCGUUCAAAAAGAAGAAGAAGCGACGACGCUAUCGAUCGAAGAGUCGCAGCAAAAGUCGCUCCAAGUCACGAUCACCGCCGCCGGCGAUUAUCAGGAAAGACAUUCGAGCGCCUCUGCAGAGAUUUAUACCCAAUUCUCUGGGCAACAGCCAUCGAGGGAUGAUGCGAGGCAUGAAGAAGCAGGAGGACAAUGACAUUAUGGGCAAAUAUUAAGAGAGUGAAUGUGAAUUGCAUGUUCAGGGCCUUUAAUUAGUGGUA